AUGACUCUAUCUACUGAAAUGCGCUCAAUUACCCCACCGCUCGAUGCAAAGAUCAACCAUGAAUUUACCAAUUACUCCAAGAAAUCAUCAAGACAUGGACAUGGCCAAGAUGUCGUUGAUUCAAAUAACAUCAGACAAGUGGCUGGCUGUAUACCAUUAGAUAUGCAAAAUCACAGAGUGUUACUCAUCUCAAGCCGAAAGAACAAGGACGCUUGGGUCUUACCAAAAGGUGGUUGGGAGCAAGACGAAACACAAGAGCAUGCUGCUACAAGAGAGACAUGGGAAGAGGCUGGCAUCAAAGGCACAAUCACAAGGCAACUAGGUGUAUUUGAAGAACGCACAAACAAGAAGAGACAUCUGAAAGCACAUCACUGGAUUUUUGAAAUGAGAAUCGAUGAAGUAGCCAAAAAAUUCCCCGAAAAAAAGAAGCGAGAGAGAAGAUGGUUCACGUUUCAAGAAGCAUUGGUAGCAACUCAAGAUCAUCGUUAUAUCCAAGAAGCACUUAUGCAAUCCAGCUUAAAUCCUGUUAGAGCCCCUCCAUCUCCAAGAGAUUCAUUUGAAGAUCAACAAGAUGACAUUGAAUCAAAGCCAGCGGUUCAUGCCAUGAGCAUGGUGUCUGCUACAUCACCACCUACUACAGUUAAUACUGCACCCACUACAGCUAAUACUGCACCCACUACAGCUAAUACUGCACCCACAUCAAAGGACAUGAAGCGUAAAUCAAUCAUGAGAUCACUCAAGUCCAUCUUCAACUAA